UUUUUGCCCGGUUCGUUUCCUGGGCGAGCACUUUCUUCCUCCACAAGCAGAACUAAAACCCUAAACCCCAAUCGUCCAAUUAUUUAUUUCCCAGUUUCCUCAAAUUUAAUCGCAAUAAAAUCAAAAUAAUGGCCUUUAGGGUUCUCUCUCGCAUCGCAAAGAGCAGCCUCACUCAGCGCUUGAUCCUUGAGUCCAAACGCCACGAACCUAUUUCGGUUUCUUCAACCAAGUGGUUAUCUUUGACAAAAUCUAGCCAGUUAUGGCGAAAUUCUCAAUUCACAAAUGCUACAUUUCAAAGCUAUGGGUUUUCAUCUACUGCAUCUCCUGAAUCCAAAGAUAAGGAGUCUAACCAAUCUACUGAACCUGAAACUGAGACUACCAAAACAAGUGGUGAGUCUGCAGCUCCGGAGCAAACACAAGAUACAGAUGAGGAGUCUCUAUCUGUUGACGAUCUUGUAAAGUUAGUUGAGGAGAAGGAAGAGCUCUUGAUGUUAAAGCACAAGGAGAUUGAAAAGAUGCAAGAUAAAGUUCUUCGUAGUUAUGCUGAAAUGGAGAAUGUGUUGGACAGGACUAGACGUGAGGCAGAGAACUCAAAGAAGUUUGCGAUACAGAACUUUGCGAAGAAUCUAUUAGAUGUUGCAGAUAAUCUGGGAAGAGCUUCAUCUGUUGUCAAGGAAAGCUUUUCAAAGAUCGAUGCAUCCAAAGACUCUGCUGGAGCGGUGCCACUUUUACGAACUCUAUUGGAGGGUGUUGAAAUGACUGAUAAACAACUAACAGAGGUAUUUAGGAAGUUUGGUGUUGAGAAAUUUGAUCCGACAAACGAGAACUUCGAUCCUCACAGACAUCAUGCAGUUUUCCAGAUACCUGAUGGUUCAAAACCUGCCGGCACUGUUGCUGCUGUUCUGAAGCCUGGGUAUAUGCUCUAUGAUCGUAAAGUUGGACAAUGA